UCCCAAUUCUCUUUCCUAGUGAAUUGCAUACUCCUCUUUUAUUCAUUCUGCAUCACUAGGCUAUGGUUGUAAUCUGUCUCGACCUGUAUUGCAUGAUAUAUUCUUCAUCCAAUUCUCGGGUUUCAUCUUGAUCUCUUAUCCUCAUCCUCCUCUCCCUUCUUCUGUCCUUCUCCCAAUUCCAUUUUCAUGAAUUUGGCUUCUCUUUUCCAAGAUUUCUCUCUGCUCUUUCCCCAUAAGGAAAAGAAAUGGUUUUCCAACUAUGUGAUGGUUCAUGGGGGAAUGAACAUUUAUUUCAGAAAAACUGAUCUGUUGAUUUCACAUUCCCUUUUUUCCCUAUUUCAUUUCAACAUUAACCAAUUGCUAAUCACCAUUUUUGUUAAAUUAGCACGAUAUAAAUGCUCGAUCUAUCGCUAAAAGCAUAUCUUCUAGUAACCAUCUUUGCAAUAAUGCUUGAGCAAGUUCUCAUUUCAGAGGAUAAUUGGAAAGGGAAUGUCUCAGUUGUAUGAAGUAGUAGGUGGAAGAAAAGAGAGUCACAAAGAUGAAGUUCAUGAAACUUGGCACAAGGCCUGACACUUUCUAUACAGAAGAGGCUACCAGGACGGUGAGCUCAGAUGUGCCUAGUGAUCUUGUCAUUCGAAUCAACAACAUCACUUAUCUUCUCCAUAAGCUGCAGUUUCCACUUCUUCCAAAGUGCGGUCUCUUGCAAAGGCUCUUGACCGAUUCUGGUGAUUCGGACAAUGACUCUGUAGAGCUUCAUGAUAUUCCUGGAGGUGAAGAUGCUUUUGAGCUGUGUGCUAAGUUCUGCUAUGGAAUCACUAUUAAUCUCAGCGCCCAUAACUUUGUGCGAGCAUUCUGUGCUGCUAAGUUCCUUCGGAUGACUGAAUCGGUUGAGAAGGGGAACUUUGUUUUGAAACUGGAGGCUUUCUUCAAUUCAUGCAUUCUUGAAGGGUGGAAGGACUCCGUUGUCGCACUGCAGAGCACUGGAAAGAUGAUUGAGUGGUCAGAAAAUCUUGGGAUCACAAGGAGGUGCAUCGAUUCAAUUGUUGAGAAAAUCCUAACCCCCCCAGCAAAGGUAAACUGGUCCUUCACUUACAGCAGACCUGGGUAUAACAAAAAACGUCACCAAUCUGUUCCAAGGGAUUGGUGGACGGAGGACAUAUCAGACCUUGACAUAGACCUCUUUCGGUUCAUAGUUACUGCCCUCAGGUCAACAAAUAUGGUGCAACCACAGCUGAUUGGUGAAGCAUUGCACGUCUAUGCCUCCCGUUGGCUACCAGACACUACAAAGAUUAGGCCUCCAGAGAGUUCAGCGUCUCUAGCCAACGAACCAGUGGAGAAGAACAGGCGAGUCCUUGAGACCAUUGUGAGCAUGAUUCCAGCAGACCGAGGAUCAGUUUCAGUUAACUUCUUGCUAAGGCUCCUCAGCACAGCAAGUUAUCUGGGGGCGUCUCCAGUGACAAAGACAGAACUCAUACGGAGAUGUGGUUUACAACUUGAUGAGGUGACAGUAGACGACUUGCUGCUUCCUUCUCACUUGUCUUCUGAUCAGUACUGUUACGAUAUUGACAUGAUUUCCGUAGUGCUUGAAAGUUUCUUGGUGCUAUGGAGAAUACAAUACCCUGCACCUUCUCAAGACAGCCAGUUCAUGAGAUCGAUUAGAAAGGUCGGGAAGGUUAUUGAUUGUUACCUUCAAGUGGCUGCAAAGGAUGCCAACAUGCCAGUGAUGAAAUUCAUAUCUCUUGCCGAAGCUCUGCCAGAUACUGCACGGCCAAAGCAUGAUGACCUGUAUAAGGCAAUCAACAUUUAUCUCAAGGAGCAUCCUGAUCUGAACAAAGCAGAGAAGAAGCGUCUUUGCCGGAUUCUGGACUGCCAGAAACUGUCCCCAGACGUAUGCGCCCAUGCUGUGAAGAAUGAACGUCUACCAUUAAGAACAGUGGUGCAAGUGCUCUUCUUCGACCAAGAGAGAGGUUUCAAGGCAACCAGCCAAAAACUGCCGCCCCGGGGGCUUCUCUCCAGGGCACAAGAGGCACCAUUCAGUGAAACUGUCCAAAGUAAACCAAAGUUACCUCCAGAUGAUCGCGCCAAUAGACAGGAGGGCACCAGAAGAGCCCCAAGUCCCGCCAUCCCUGAAAGAGACCAGCACAAAAAGUUACACCUCAAAUCAGAAAGAAACAUUGUAAUUAGCAGAGAACCGGGGGAAGUAGAGUCAGAGAAGGUAAGGGAAACCAGAGAAGAAGGAAUAUCAGGAAGCAAGAUGAAUCCAAGGAAGACAAUGCAGGGAAAGAGUUCAUCAGACCAUGGCCAUUACAAAGGUAGAGACAGGUAGUAAGCGAAGAAGAAACAUCUCAUGGUGCCCUCUGCACUCACUGUAAUUCUAUUUUUUUCUGUAACCAUCUAGCAUAAAGUGUUUGAUUCCAAAACCAUUUUCUCAUUACCUGUGGGGACUGUCCAAUAAAGGAUAGAGAUGGAUUGUGAUUUA